AUGGCUGCUACAGCUUCUGCUGGUGGAAAAACUGCACUCCUAUUUGACCCUAGCCCCUUCUUUGGGUCCCAUUACGCCUCUCUCUCCUUCCCUGAACUAGAAUUGUUCCUCGAUUCCAAUUCAAAACAACCAUCUUUGGGUGCCACUGCGGUUAACGGUUAUGACUACUUGAUUGUAAGUCUCACCACUCGGCCUGUUUAUUCAGAUGUUGAGAUUUCCUGUUUUUCUCCUAAAUUAUUAGAGGGGACCUGA